UUCAGAGCUCCGCCCCGGUGAAUGGGUAGGACGCGAAUGGACCUCGCGCUGUAGGCGAGCGCAGCCUGUCGCUACGUGCGGCGCCCGGGGCAGGUGGAAGAAGGGACUGCGGGGCCGCUGCGCCUCCCCUACGCGCCGACUCGGAAGGGUCGGUGCUGGCCGGUGGCUGCGGUAAAGCGCUGAGGAGAAAGCAGAUUGGGCGGGAUUCGCCCUGCCGGCUUCAGCUCCCUGAAGUACGGACGGGCAGACGGACAGAGGUCGAGGGUCGUUCUUCUGCUUACAGCGAGUGGCGGUGGAGCCAGCUGCAGGGUACUUGUCUAAACCUUAUUGAGGAAGGUGUCUAUCAAGAAUUGAAGUGACGUUACGACCUUCCAACUGAAGUUCUUAAGCAUGCCAGCUUUAUCAACUGGAUCUAGUGGAGAUGCAGGUCUGUAUGAGCUGCUGGCUUCACUGCCAGCCCAGCUGCAGCCACAUGUGGACAACCAAGAAGACAUGACCUUCCUCUGGGAUAUGUUUGGUGAAAAAAGCCUUCAUUCUCUGGUAAAGAUUCAUGAGAAAUUGCAUCACUAUGAAAAACAGAGCCCCGUGCCCAUGUUGCACGAUGCAUCAGCUUUGGCAGAUGAUCUGGCUGAAGAACUGCAGAAUAAACCACUAAACAAUGAGAUCAGAGAACUCUUACAGCUGCUGUCCAAACCUAGUCUGAAGGCUUUGCUUUCCGUACAUGAUAUUGUUGCUGAGAAAAGCUAUGAUCCUGUAUUGCCUCCCAUGCCUGACGAUAUUGAUAAUGGAGAAGAUUCUGUAAAAAUCAUCAGGCUCGUAAAAAAUAGAGAACCUCUGGGAGCUACUAUUAAAAGGGAUGAAAAUACCGGUGCUGUUGUUGUGGCUCGGAUAAUGCGUGGGGGAGCGGCAGACCGAAGUGGUCUCAUUCAUGUAGGUGAUGAGCUAAAGGAGGUCAAUGGGAUUUCAGUGGAGGAUAAAAAACCAGAAGAAAUUAUACAAAUUCUGUCUCUGUCCCAAGGAGCCAUUACAUUUAAGAUUGUACCCAGUAUCAAAGAAGAAGUCUCAUCAAAAGAAGGCAAGAUCUUCAUGAAAGCUCUUUUUGACUAUAAUCCCAAUGAAGAUAAAGCAAUUCCUUGUAAAGAAGCUGGACUUCCUUUCAGAAAAGGUGAUAUUCUUCAAAUCAUGAGCCAAGAUGAUGCAACCUGGUGGCAAGCCAAGCUGGAAAGUGAUGCCAAUCCCAGAGCCGGCUUAGUUCCUUCAAAACACUUCCAGGAAAGGAGACUUGCAUUAAGAAGAUCAGAUGUACAGUUUCAGCCCUUGAAGAUUUCAAAUAAGAAAUCAUCUGAGGAGACAGUUGAGUGUGAGGAAGUUGAAUGUGCUGGUCACAACAAUGGAGUCCUUAUAGCUGGCUUUAGGAGAAGUUUUCGCCUAAGCAGAAAGGAUAAAAAAACAAACAAGACAAUGUAUGAAUGCAAGAAGAGUGAUCAGUACGACACAGCAGAUGUCCCUACCUAUGAAGAAGUAGCAAAAUAUAGGCGGCAGCCUAAUGAAAAAUAUAGACUUAUUGUUUUAGUUGAGGGGUAUUUCAAUCUAUUGAGGUGGAGUGGGAUGAAAAAAGGUCCUGUUGGUGUAGGACUGAAUGAACUAAAACGGAAAUUGUUAAUCAGUGACACUCACUAUUAUGGUGUAACAGUUCCACACACAACAAGACCUCGAAGAAGCCAAGAAAGUGAUGGUGUUGAAUACACUUUUAUUUCCAAGCACUUGUUCGAGACAGAUAUACAGAAUAACAAGUUUAUUGAAUAUGGGGAAUAUAAAAAUAAUUACUAUGGUACCAGCAUUGACUCAGUUAGAGCUGUUCUGGCAAAAAAUAAAGUUUGUUUGUUAGAUGUACAGCCUCAUACAGUGAAGCAUCUAAGGACUUUGGAAUUCAAACCAUUUGUGAUAUUUAUAAAACCUCCAUCAAUUGAGCGUUUAAGAGAGACACGAAAAAAUGCCAAAAUAAUUUCAAGCAAGGAUGAAAAAGGUGCUGCCAAGCCUUUUCAAGAAGAAGAUUUUCAAGAAAUGAUUAAAUCUUCCCAGAUUAUGGAAAGUCAAUACAGCCAUCUUUUUGACAAAGUUGUAGUGAAUGAUGAUCUUACCACAGCAUACAAUGAAUUGAAAACAAUUUUUGAGAAACUGGAAAGAGAAGCAUUUUGGGUCCCAGUCAGUUGGGUGCAUUCCUAAUGCUACACAAAUGUCUUCAUGGUAGUUAGCUUGGGUCUAAGUGGACAUAUUGUUUAAGGGGUCUUUUUCUAGUUAUGACAUGUUGGAUGAACAUUGCAGAAGACGAUUGACCUUAUUUUCUGUGGGUUGAUAAUAACAGUUUUCUAGGCAGCAGAACAAAGUGAAGCCUUAUUUUUAUUUAAUUGUUUUCUUCUUGUUUUUUUUAAAGUGUCCUCAACUACUAUAGUACUAUCUUUCAUAAAUAAUUUGCAUUCCCCAUGACAUUUCCUUUAAACUAAAAAGAUCUUAACAUGCAAGAUCAUGACUAGUACUAUAUCUGAUUUCGGUUAGCACUUGAGAAUAUAUUAUAACUGGAGCAUUUAUUUUUUAAGAAUAUAAGUGUCUGUUUAGUACUGAUCUAUAAUGCAAAUUGCUCCUCUAUAUUCAUCUUGACAUGGAAUAAAUUUAAGUUAUUUCUUUUCAAUAAGAAAUAUGUAAUAUUUUACACCUUGAGUGUUUGUAUAUUGUCUUGUUGGAUUUAAGACAAUGGGAUUUUCAUUUAAAUCAAGCUUGAAAUUGUUUGAAUAAUUGUUACAUAAGAAUAAAAUAAUGUGGUGGAGGAUCGUA